AUGACGUCACUCGGAAUGAUGCAAUCCAAUCAAGAAAGUGGAACUUCCGCAAUGCCGGGCGAUUUCUUUCCCGAUCCUGGGGAAUUGAGAAUUAGUUCUUCAGGCUACUUGACGAUGUUAAUUGCUCGAGUGAAUUCGACUGGCAUAGUCCUUUGGGGGCUGCUGGUUCUGCCAUUCGGCGCAACAAAACGUACCUGCCCCCGUUUUUUCCGUAA